GGGUUGUUUUUUAGGUGAACAGGUUGCUAUACGGAGCGUUAGGAAAGGAAACACACCAGCAUGUUCUUGGGACACAUACGGGCACUAACCGUCCGGCUGCAGGACGAGUUUCUGGUCGGAACCGCUGCUUAAAACCUACAUUUCGGAAGAAAAACGUAUUCGAUAUUAUGUUGUUGACAUCCAAACAUGGCAACUUUGAGAAGCUGGUGUAUGACAUGAAUGACAAACAGGACAGGCCUUAUAUGUGCGGCGCACCUGGCUGCUCUCAGCGCUUCCAGUUAGAAGAGCAUCUGACCAUCCACGGACGUAAGCAUGAGAUGUCCCUCAAGUUCUCCUCCAUCAAGGCGGAUUUGCCCUUUACAGACCAGACCCCGACGCCAACCCGGUUUUUGCAGAACUGUGAAGAAGUUGGUCUUUUCAAGGAGAUAGAGGAAGAGUUUCUUCAAGCACAAGAAGAAGAAAAGAGCAAACAGACGCUUCCUCAUAAUGGGCCUUCCUGUAUGAACCAGCAGCUAAAAUCCCAGCUUCAGCACCAGCACCCCCAGCCACCGCUGCACCACCCCCAGACCCACCCCCUGCAGCACCCGCAGUCCCACAGCCCCAUGAUGGGCCCCAGCUGCAGUCUGAACGCCCAGCAGGCCCUGUCGUCCCCGCAGUCCGGAUCCGUCAUCACCCAGGCUCCUUCAGCCCUCACACACUCAGGGCCGGUUCCCGGGUCGCUGUCCUCCCUCCUCCACAUGCGAAACAGACACAGACAACCGCUGCCAGCCUCGUUACCUGGCACGCUGCCAGACCCCGCCAUGCAAGGGGCAGCUGCUCAGCACAUGCCUAUGGAGAAGCAAAUGUCGUGUGUAAUGGGUUUACCCGGUCCUGGACACAACCACGCCUGUUCCUCGCCUCAGAGAUCCAAACAGACGCUGGGCCAUCAUUUCCAGCAGCACCACCCUGCCAUGGUGGGCAUCAACAACCCUGUGACAGCCAUGGAUCACAUGAUGGAGAUGAUGUCACAGCGUCAUCAGGCUCCACCACUACAACACCACCCUCAUCCUCCUCAUCAUCCGCAGCUUCCUGCUCCGCCCAUCACUUUCCAACAGCGAUGCCACGCUCCGCCUCCGCAGCACAUGGGAAGUCCCCACAGCCUCCACCAGCAGGCUCACCAAGCCCCGCCCCCCCACCUGCACCAGGGCUCGCCUCCUGCACCACCCCUGUCUAUUCCUUCACAGUUAUCACCAGUUGCGCAGCAGAUGCAUCCAUCCCACUCCCAGCAUUCAAUGCAAGCAGAUAGUAGCUGCAGCAGUGGAAGUGGAAGUGGAGGAGGAGGAGGAGGUGGAGGAGGAGUAGGCAGCCACCGCCGCAGGAGGACGGCAGACCAAGACCCCGACCAGCGCAGGCAGAAGUUCCUGGAGCGAAACCGGGCUGCAGCCACCCGCUGCCGACAGAAGAGGAAAGUGUGGGUGUCGUCGCUGGAGAAGAAAGCUGAAGAGCUGACACACACUAACCUGCAGCUACAGAACGAGGUGACGUCACUGAGGUCGGAGGUGGGUCAGCUAAAGGAGAUUCUGCUCACCCACAAAGACUGUCCUGUCACCGCCCGGCAGAGAGAGUCACAGGGGUAUCCCACUGCAGGGGUGAGCCCCGCAGGAAGUCCCAUCCCUGCAGGUCCUGGGCCUCAUCUGCAGGCCGUCCAACACAACAGCAUCUCCACCUCCUCGGCAGCUGAAGGCAUGACAGGGCACGACCCUACGCCUGGACUACAAAGAUGAGGGGGGGCUGAUGAAUUACAGCCUGGAUUACCUAACACUUAAGUCCGACUCAGCAUCAUGUAUUUGCAUUAUGGAUGAAAAUGCUGAAUUGGAUAGGUGAAUGUAUACAUCCAUUUGAACAUCGAGGUAUUUUUCAAUAUUAUUAUCAUCUUUUUCUGGUUGGAAAGGAGACCAGAACCACAUACUGAUACAUUUCCAUAACAGGUGCAAAAAUGACCUUUACUGAGAUGGUUACAUGGCAACUGGAUCCUUUCUGCAAGCCUGCUACGCUCUGACUAUGCACACACACACCAUCAUAAAACAUCUGUUGCUCUUAUAUCUUGCACUAAUUUAAAAAACAUUAGUUUUAUAUUUCACACUCUAUGCCUUCUAGUUGAUGCCUAAGCAUCUUCUCAAACCUGUAUUUUUCUACAAAUAAUUCAUAUUUACACAACAGAUAUUUAAUUUAAGAUUUUAAAUCAAACCUACGUCUGUGUUGGAAAGCCAUUUAAAACGCAGUUGUACAGACUUUCCAUUUAGGCACUUUUUUUGUACUUCUCACUAAAACACUAACUUUAAUCUGCACCUCAUAUUUCAAUCCCUGUCAGGUAAUACAACAUCUCUUAUUCUGGUAAUGCAAUAUAUUUAUUUUAGAUCUUUUGAAAUAUUGUUUAUCAUUUAAAACAUGUCAGAAUUAUUUUUGACUCAGGAAACCUGUGAUUUUGAGUAAUGAUAUUAUAAAUAUCUGAUUGUUUCUGUAUACAGUAUGGUCUAGUCUGCCAUCUAGUGACUGGUUUUGUUAGUGGUUAUUGACCAUGAUGGCUGGAAUGGUCAGCAUAGUGGAUCAUAGGGAGGCAUGUGGUGCAGUGGGUAGUGCGUUGGUGUUUGGAUCAGGGGGUCACAGGUUCAAACCCCACUGCAGUCAGCAUGUCGUUGUGUCCCUGGGCAAGACACUUCACCCCAAAUGGCUCCUGUGGGGAUUGCCCACAGUAUUUGUAUAGUAUAGCUUUGGAUAAAAGCGUCAAACAAGUGACAUGUAAUAGCCUGUGUUAUGUUUAGCCAGUACAUAGACAUUAGUAAUCUGUAUUACGCAAAGCAAAGAAAAAUCUAACAUUGAAUUUGCCUGACUGAUAUUUACUAUCAGUAAAGUGUCCCAAACUAAAGGACUUAAUUUUGGUACCAGCUGUAGACUCUUGGACUAUUUUGUCAAAAGCUUUCCGUUCUGACUUCCUGAGUGUCUCGUGAUAUUAAUACAUCUUGUAUCCAUGCAUUUGUGCAUAUGUGUGCACAAAUGUGCAUGUGUGCCUGAUUUGGACUAAGUGUGGGAGGCACUCCACCCUGUCUACUCGAACAAAGGGACUGACUAACUAAUCCCAGACCUCAUCUUGACAUGCAUUCAAAAGCACGGAUGCACAUGCACUCACACACUCGCUUCUCCAACAUGUUAUUGCCAUUAUCUUCCACUCCCUAGCACAUGGUGCAGGUCUCCCUCUAAAGCACUUAAUAUUAGCUGCGUAGUAAAACAUCUCAUUAAUUGCAAUUUUAAAUAAAAUAAAUAUAUUUUGUUAAAAGUAGUAUUUACCAGUCAAUUAAAACUA